UCACAGCUGCCCUGGUCCUAAAAGUAUAAGAGUAUUAUCCAACCUAUAAGUAGUAGCUCGUUUUGAGAAGAUAACGAGUCAUGCGAGUUAUAUUUUUACUCUUGGUUACGUUGACAGCCGGACUUGAGGCAGUGGGACUCUCCCCCGAGAACAAGUCUGUCAGGGAAGCGUACAGAGAGUGGCUGGGAAACUUUGCUGCAGAGGAAGAAUCUGGUCUACGAACGGGAAAUAAGCAGCGGUUCAAGAUCUUCGAUGCGAACUGCAAGUACAUAAAGUCGUUCAGCAAGGAUUCCGGUUUUGGGAUGGAGCUGAACCAGUUUGCAGCCAUGUCAGAGCAAGAACUGGAGAGUUACGUAGGACUGAACAUGACAGAGAUGGUAUCACUAAAAGACCCCGUCUCCCCAGGACCCCUAUCCUCUACCCCAGUGCCCCUCUCAAGAGAUCAUCGCAGAGAGACAGGACUCACUCCUCCCCGAACAGUGGACCAUGCCCACUGUGGGGGCGGAUCCUGGGCUCACUCCGUGGUAGCAGUGUUAGAAGCCAGGUACAAGGUGCUCACUGAUGAGAUAGCUCUCUUCUCUGAGCAGGAACUUCUAGACUGUUCCUACCAUGACGGCAGGAACUCUUGUAAAGGAGGGUACAUGACUGCUGGGUUCCAGUAUGUGAAGGACGAGGGACGGAUAGCAGACAGGAGGUAUUACCCUACCUACGGAGCCUCUGGGUACUGCCAUAACAAGGUAAUGCCUAACGCCAUGACCCGGGCAGAUGUAACGGAGUAUCGGAGGUUACCAGCUGGAGAAGAUAUCCUGAUGAGAGAAGUAUCACUUAACGGCCCUGUUUCUGUGGGGAUACGAGCUGAUAAAUCUCUCUACUUCUACAAGAGUGGACUGUAUGAUGCUGCCCAAUGUUGGGAUGGUGAUAUAAACCACGCUGUUACUGCUGUAGGGUACCAGCCUGACAGAUGGAUCAUCAAGAACUGCUGGGGGACUUCCUGGGGGACUAUGAGUGGGUUCGCCUAUCUAAGCAGGAGGUAUGAGAACGUGUGUAAGAUCUCCAACUAUCCAGUAACUGUGAACAUGGGACUGAGGAGAAGUGUUGAGUCUGAUGACUGGUGUCCUCAUGUUCCCAUGCCUGAUAGGGAACCGUGCUGGUCUCAUACUGACUAUUCGUAUGUGUGGAACCAGCAGGUCUGUGAGGCUAAUGACUGUUGCUGGGACUCAGCGAAUAAGAACUGUUUUGUCAAGUCUAAGAUUACCCUCUACGAGAAACGGAACUUUGAGGGUGUUUCAGCUACUUUCUACGGCUCCAUACCUGAUCUCCAGCCGUAUGGGAUCACUCGAGUAGCUCACUCCAUCAAAGUACAUUAUGGCAACUUCAUAGUCUACACAAAAGAGAACUACGGAGCUGAGGGAGGAUCCUGGGUGAACUUCUCCUGGGUGUACUAGAGCCGGGGGAAGGCUAUCCUAAUCUAGAUGACUACAGUAUGUCCCACGCAAUCUCUUCCAUCAGAGCGCUCUCCUCCGGACGU